UCUUAUAAAACAGAUUAAACAGCAAAAGGAAUGCUGAAUGGAAAAACUGUGUUAUUUCCACCUUGCAGGACUUACUGAAAUGAUCCUGGCUGGGUUAAAACAUGAGCUGAAACUCCCACAGGGAGCAUUAGUCUGCGUGAUUCACAUAAACACUCAAAGAAGUCAGUCUUGGUUGAACUUCCUAGUCAAGUUGACUUUUAACGGAGAUAAUCUUUCCGGGAGGAGGUCUGAAGAAAGGCAAGUUACAGGUGAUAAGAAAUGAGUGUGAUGAUGCACUUGUUGCUGCUGCUCCUUCUCCUGGUCAGCUUUGGCUCACCUGCACCCAGGUUCUCGGACAAAGAUAUCUGCCUCCUAGACAACAGUAAAUUAAGACAAAGGUUAAAACAUCUUCAAGACUUGCUUUACUUAUAUGAAUUGCAGCUGAAGGACAUACUGGAGAACACUUACCACAGAACGAAAAGUGAACUGUUCUCAGGCAACAGGAGCGUGCAGCAUGAGACACUUUUACCCACAACCAGUGGAAAUUUGAUAGUGUAUGACCAAGAUUGCUCUGCAGUGUAUGGCCGGAAGAGCACCACAAGUGGCUACUACCGGAUCAGGCCCAGAGCAGAGCAAGAGCCCUUCCUGGCAUUCUGUGACAUGUCUGAUGGCGGGGGCUGGACUGUCAUUCAGCGGCGCAGUAACGGCAAGGAGAAUUUCAACAGGAAAUGGGAUGAUUACAAACUGGGAUUUGGGAAAUUCCAGGGCAAGAAUGAUGAAUACUGGCUGGGCAAUGACCACAUCCAUGACCUGCUUGCUAGAGGAGAGAACUCAUUAAAGAUUGACCUGAUGGACUGGCAUGGGGAAAGACGUUAUGCAAUCUAUGAAAAUUUCCAGCUUGCAAAUGAGCAGGAAAAUUACAGGUUAUGGUUUGGCACCUAUUCUGGUAAUGCUGGCGACGCUCUGUCUGGUGGGAGCAAUUUUGAAGAUCAGUGGUCAGCUUCUCACAGAGGGAUGCAGUUCACCACAUUUGAUAAGGAUCACGAUCAAUUCCUGGCUGGCAACUGUGCAUCAGAGAACAAGGGUGGCUGGUGGUUUAACAGGUGCCAUGCUGUAAACCUCAAUGGGCGAUACUACAAAAGAGGGAGGUACAGUGGACCCCAUGAUGACGGCUUGGUUUGGUCUACAUGGCACGGGAUGUGGUACUCACUGAAAUAUUCAGCCAUGAAAAUCAGGGCUCCAUUCUUUAUCGACGGAGAGAGCGGAGAUGGUGACAACAGUCAGGGCAGCUGAAACCUGCUGCUUUGGAAAGAGAAAAAGCACAGGCUGAAAAGAAUGGUGUAAGUUGAUAGCCAGUGCUCUGCUGCUGCCAAUCACCAAACCUGCACUUGAUAGCUGGAGUUGCACCUGCUUCUGCUACCUGAAGCUAACAGCACGAGUUGUUUGAGCACAGCCAGACAAUUUAAUAAAAAACAUAUGGAUCACAGUCACAAGAUAAGAUUUAUUUUUCAGCAGUUUUCAAGACUUUGUUGAAGAAUGUUUAUUGAAAGUUCUCUGGACUUAGAAGGAUCAAGCGUGUCCUUUAAUCAAUCUAUACUUUCUAAGGUAUAAACCCUUCUCAUCUUGAUUUUAACCAUCAGUGUUUCAGUUAUGAGAACAUCAGGAUAGAAAGAACAAGGGGACAGGGAAUUGGACUUCAUCUGUUGUGCCUUUGUUAGUGCUUUGCUCUGCAUCAGGAGAAUGUUUUUAAGCCACUUUCCCUAUGGUUCUAAUUGCCACACUUCAGUUGCAGAGUGCUCCUGCAGUGUGUGAAACCAAACCUGUGGAUGGACAUGCUCCAACUGCUAGUCUGCAUCCAGACUAAGGCUGCUUCAAAGUAAACACCCGCAAUAUGGACAGUGUGAAUUCCAUUCCAAUAGCUUCCCACUGCAGAUCCACUGCUAUAGUACAGCACAAGACUUUAAAGCAGACAAAGACAAUCCUGCCAACCAGAUUUAAACGGCAGAUUAAAAUUAUGCAGAUUUUACUAAAAUUAAGGUGAAUGCAGAUAUUCAUAGGAGUUCCUAAAAUGCAGUCACAAUUCAUAUAUUCUCCUGUAAUUUACCAGAUGACUUUGCAUUAGUGAAGGGGAAUCAGAAAGUGGUUGAACCACAAGGCACACUGCUUUCAUUGUCUCACUGGGGUGGAAUGAAAGAGCAACACAAAUGAAAGAAAUGGAAUACUGAAAAUUUAUUUUCUACAGCUGUUAAAAACAACAGUUAAAAAUGAACAGCAGUAUCAGCUUGAUGCAAAUAAUUUAACUACCAUGCUGUAGAAUUAACCUGUUUCCCUUUUUUCUGAUUUUUCUAAAUUUUUAACUGGUAUUACUUUUCCAUUUAUUUGCUUUUAUAUCCAUACAUACUGUAAUUUGUAUACAUAUUGAUAAAGAGUGAAAUAAAACCAUCUGAGUAGGACUUAAUACGUUUUAUCUAGUUUUCAACAAUAGGAAUGUGAACAGAAAUCUGGAUCAAAAUCUUGGAAAGCUCAUAAUAAGAGAAAUGUAUUCUUUCAGUGUUGGCUCUGGUGCUUUUUCACCUGUUGUCCUGGGUAGUUGAAAGGGUCUGCAAGGUAAGUUUAAUUUUCAUGGCUCAAGCUGUCCUGGAGACAAUGCAGAGGCAUGAGGUGAAGAUUCAGUUUAAAACUUGGUUUGGUUCCUCUGCUUCCUAGACAUCCCAGUGACUGCAAGCAUGAACAUCCCAGCGUAAUGGGCAGCACUCCAGGGAGCUGUGCUCCAUGAACCUGUGCCCUUGGCUAGACUGCCCCCAGCCCUCUUCUCAAGCAUACUCAUGUAGAAUGAAAUUUUCACCAACAUGUCUGAAAUGAGACAUCUUGCCCUUGUGAAGAAAGGGCUGCAAAAAGGCAGCACUUACUCACUCCUUCCCUUCUGAUCACUGCUGCUGUAUUUUGAUAAGAUAAAAUCUCAGUGCAAGAUAGUAACUGCAUGUUGGGACAUAAGGAAUGACUUUGCACAAAUUGUAACUGCAUGGCCCCUGAUAAGUGCUGAAGGCAGAGAGGAUAAUUUUUAUUUUGAUGACACUGAGAAAUGUGAAUGAAAUAAAUUCAUACCUUCUGGCAGUUGAUGCUCAAUCCCACCCUUCAGUAAAGAGCUAAGGAAGUAGGGCAAAGACUGUGGAAACUACAGCACUGAGGGGACAGCAUUGUGGUGUGGCAGUUCAUUAAGCAUCUGGUAACCCAUCUGAUAAUGGAUUAUCAAGCUGGAGAUGAAGUCAGCAGGGCUUAAUCAGACAACCUGCACCCAGUCCAGUUCCCCAGUGAGUGAGCAAUGAGUGAUGUAAAGUCCAGAGGAUGGAGCCUGUUUCCCUGUGUGUCAGUGUGGAGGGGCAGGCAUUAGAGCUGGACUGCCUUCAGCCAGCAUCAAUGUCAGGGCAUUUCUCCUGUCUCUGAGAGGUAAAGGGAGGCCAAGGUAUGACAGGCUGCGAGGGAAGAGGUUUGCCCUGCUGCCUUUGAUGUAAAAUGUACCUAAGUACAUCUAUUGCAUAACACAGCCCAACACUGGGACAACUUUGCAGAAAGCACCAUCUGAUUAAGAGCAAUGUUGCCCCUUCUCUGUCCUUCUGUGGCAAAGGAAACCUCCACUGAGAUGCAAGGGUCACAGGGCUCUGUGCAGGAGCCUACAAAUCCCACAGCAAACCUCAGGAAGCAUUUCAGAACCACCUUUAGUCCUAAUAAACAGGGUAGAAUGCCACUAGUUGAGUACUUACUGGAUCUGAGUGCUAUGCCAAGCUCCAAUCCCUCCCGCUGAAGGUUUAGGGGAAUGCUUGCUGACUAUUGCUGCACUGACCAUUUGAUCUCCUGUUUCUACAGGGUCUCUCUCCCAUGCUGAGAGGCUCAACAAAGCUUAAACAGAUACUGUAGCCCUACAGCUCCAAUGAUGAUGGAUCACUGCUUCAGGGAAAAGGUACUUCACACCACAGACCUUACCUUAGUACAGGCAGGGUAAGUAACCUGAGCUGCAAUUGUUUCAGAGGUCUGCUUUCCAGCUCAUUUAAGUCAAUUUAAAGACUCAUUACAUUUGAUUGCCUUUGGAUAACUCUUCAAGCGAGAACAUUUUCUUAGAUGAUUUAAACAGCUUUUCAAGCUGACAGUUCAUGGGAACACAUUGCUGGUACCAACACCACGCAGGGCCAAGGGCUGAACAUCAGCAUCUUGGCAAGGUUCCAGGGAAAGAAGGAGCUCACAUCAUGAAAGACCAUCAGAAAGGCCAUUCAAACAGCCAGAUUUGGCUCUGGUGGCCAAAUGCUGAGGCUUGCUCCUCCUAUGUUGUUACAGCAGGUAACACCGUGUGCCUGUCAAGCUAUCCAUGUCAGCUUUGGACACUGCAGUGGGGUGCCAUCGCUUACACACAGCAAUGCUGCUCUUCCUUUAAAAUUGCUGUUGGUUUGUGGCAGAGCAGGGCUGGGGGGAAGAAUGUGGGAUUGGGAAAUCUCUCUGCUCAGAAAGCCAGUUUUGAGAAAGAUAGCAGCCUCCUUCUUGACAAUGGAGCACAUGUUAAUUUCGCUUUCACACCCACAAGGCAGGUUAAAGGGCAUGUGGGGUUAAGCUCCUUAGGGGAGAGUUGAUUUCAGUCUAAUAGUCCACUGCCUAAACCUUUCUCCUCUUACACCAACCUCCAUGGGCAGCAUCUUCUCCUUUUUUUCUUGUUUCUGCUCACUAGCAUUCCCCUGGUCUUUGCAAAGUCCCCAGAGAGACAGUUAUCCUAACAAAUGGCAAGAAAAGUCUUAGUCAUUCACAAAGGCCUGAGGUCUGCUUCUGCUGUUAACUGGAGUUCCAACCCAACUCUGAAUACUUACAGCAGUAUCUAAUGUCAAAUUUGUGAUGUUUGGUUUUAAAACACAACAAAAAAGCCCAUCAUGGCUUUUGUAGUUCACUGUUACUGCUCUCUACAAUUCCCUGAAAGGAGGCUGUAGCAAGGUAGGGGUUGGUUGGCCGCUUCUCCCGGGUAAAAAGUGAGGAUCAGAGGAAAUGGCCUCAAGUUGUGCCAGGGAAGAUUUAGAUUUGAUAUGAGGGCAAGUUUACUCACUGAAAGAGUGGUCAGGCAUUGGAACAGGCAUCAAAGGGAAGCAGUGGAAUCACUGUCCUUGGAAGUGUUCAAAAGGUGUAUGCACGUGAUUUAGUGUGUUCACCACUAAAACAUACCAGGGGUAUGGUUUAGUGGUGAACACAGUGGUGUUACGUUAAUGGUUGGACUUAAUUAUUUUAGAGGUCUUUCCAAUGUAAAUGAUGCUAUAAGAUUCUCUGUGAAUCACCUGAUAUUGUCAAGCCAUUUUAAUUUUUUGUUCCCAGAACAGGUAUUAAUCAAAUAAUCUUGUUGUUUGCUGGUUUUGUUCAUAAUUUAUUUUGAGCUUGCCAUAGUAGUAUUAUGGUCAAUGCAUUUGCAUUUAAAAAUUUUAAUAAAGGAAAGGAUGACUAUGGAAAGGAUGCAUAAUUCAACCGUUCUCUCACUGCUUUUUACAGGUAACAUGCUGCGGUGACAUUUCUCUGAGGACUAAAAUCUGAUAAUCUGUUUUCUUUGCCCUCCCUGUAGCAUGCCUUUUGUACUAAUUUCCUGCAAAUAUUUGUACAUUGUUUUCUUGAUAUAAAUAUUGACAGUAAGAAAAUAUCAAGUCUUGAAUGAUGAAAAUGUCUCCUCAAUUUAAAUUCACUCAAGUAUUCAGCAUCAAUUGUUUGCACUUUCAUGCAACCAGCUAAAACACCCCUCACCAUAUGAGUUAUUUGAGCAACACCUACAAAUCAAUGCAGUUCACUGAUGACUAUCAGAAAAAUUAUGAAAACUGCCCACAGAUUGAGCUUUGUGCUUUCUAGAUGGGAAAUGAUUCACUAAUCAGGGCAGAUGGCUGAGGGUGCUGGACAGUGGAUGCUUCAAUAUCUCACAGUCUACCAGUACACAGUAGACAAGGUGGGAAAUGUCAGCGGCAUUUAUCAUGUAUGAUGCACAAAACAUGACUGCUUUACACAAUAAAAUCUAUUGGCCAUUCCUGUGCCACACCUUAACUAACACCUUCUUUCCCAGGGUACUUUGUGUGUCUUGUACACACAUACAUACAAAAAAUAAUUAUAUGAAAGCACUUUUCAGUAAUUAGAAAGGAAUAUGUUCCCACAAGCCAGACCUGGGGCAUUACUCCCUGCUGCUGUGUGUGGAGGUAACGUGAUUCUUGCUUUUUCU